UCAUCCAUCUCUCUCUCUCUUCAUUUCACUCCCGUUUAAGAACGUUUACACCCAGUGUUGAAGUCAGUUCGGACCAGGCUUCACCAUGUCUGCAGUUAAAAUCAUGCUGUGGAUGUGUGUGUGUAUUUGUGCGAUUCUUACAGCUAAAACUCAAGACACUAUGACCAUCAGAGAUCAAAACAAUAAUUCAGCAAAACAGUCUCUCUCUCAGAUAGAAGUGCAGAGUAUGCGAGUGGACUGCAAGGUCGCAUCUCGCUUUGCUCACACUGUCAUGACCACCAAAGCCUUGAACACAGCCAAUGCAUCACAGGAAGUGUUCUUUGAGGUGGACUUACCCAAAACAGCCUUCAUCACCAACUUUAGCAUAGAGAUUGAGGGCAGGAUAUAUGUCAGCGAGGUGAAGGAAAAAGAGCGGGCCAGGCAGCAGUAUGAGAGUGCUGUGUCAUUCGGCCAAACUGCUGGCCUGGUUAAGGCUUCGGGAAGGAACAUGGAGAAGUUUUCAGUGUCUGUGAACAUCGCAGCCCAGAGCCGCGUUACAUUCACUCUUACUUACGAAGAGCUUCUGCAACGGCGUCUUGGCAGCUAUGAGAUCAUGAUAGGUGUCUGUCCGAAACAGCUGGUUCAGAAUUUUGAGAUUGUGGUAGAUAUCUAUGAACCGUACGGGAUUGCGUUUGUGGACGUCAACGGUACAUUCAUCACCAAUGAACUGCUCCCUCUAGUGAAGAAAACUGUCACUGAUAAAAAGGCACAUGUGUACUUCUCUCCAACACUGGAUCAGCAAAAGACAUGCUCAGACUGUGAAGAAACAUUAAUUGAUGGAGAUUUAUUCAUCAGAUAUGAUGUGAACCACCCACAGGAUAUAGGUGAAAUUCAGAUAAUAAAUGGCUACUUUGUACACUUUUUUGCCCCAGAUGAUUUGCCACAAAUGCCUAAAAAUGUGGUAUUUGUGAUCGACCGAAGUGGCUCCAUGGAGGGAGAGAAGAUGAAACAGACCCGGGAAGCUCUGAUGACUAUAUUAAGUGAACUGCAUGAAGAUGAUUACUUUGGACUGGUCACGUUUGAUGACACUAUAGAGUCGUGGAGACCAUUUCUUAGCAGAGCUACACCAGAGAAUGUGACAGAAGCGAAAGAAUUUGUCAAAACUAUUAAAGCGAGACACAUGACUGAUAUAAACAAGGGCAUUUUGUCUGCGGUGGAUAUGCUUAUCUCAGAAAAAAGUCACUCUUUCCCAGACAUGUCCAUGAUCAUUCUACUCACUGAUGGGCUACCCAGUUCUGGCCAGCUAGAUCUAUCCAAAAUCCAAGAAAAUGUCCAGAAUGCUAUUAAUGGAAGCAUGAGUCUCUUUUGUUUGGGCUUUGGCUAUGAUGUGGACUACAGUCUUCUUGACACAUUGGCCAAGCAGAACGAUGGACUCGCUCGAAGAGUCUAUGAGGCCUCUGAUGCUGCCCUUCAACUAAAGGGUUUUUAUGAUGAGGUGGCUAGCCCACUUCUCUUAGAGGUGAACCUCAAUUAUCCUGGCAACGCUGUAACUGAAUUGACACAAAGUCACUUUAGACAAUUUUUCAAAGGCUCUGAGAUUGUUGUAGCUGGACGUCUACAAGAACUUGAGACCAACACCUUUCAGACUGAAGUAUCAGCAAAUGGGUUGGGAGACCAGUUUGUAGUCGAGGGUCUAGUGAUUGCUGAGGAGUGGGACAGUGUGUUUCCUGAUCAGGAGUACAUCUUUGGGGAUUUCACAGAGCGACUGUGGGCAUACCUGACCAUCCAGCAGCUCUUGGAUGAAAGAGAGAAAUGCUCCGCAGAAGACAAGGAGAACAUCACAGCUCAAGCUCUAAACCUUUCACUAAGAUAUAACUUUGUCACGCCUGUUACCUCCAUGGUGGUCACCAAACCAGAGACCAAAGAUGAGGAUGAAAAACUCAUUGCUGACAAGUUGACUGAAGAUCAGCGAGAGGACACAACACAACCUGAUAUAGGCUAUGAUCCACCUCAAAUGGUUGGCAGUGCUGUCCUAGGCCAAGCAGUAAAACCCCAAAUGUUACACUACCCCUCUUUUGUUGAUGGAGAUCCACACUUCAUCAUUGAGCUGCCAGAUCAGAAGGACGCUCUGUGCUUCAACAUUGAUCACAAACCUGGUACCAUCUUCAACCUGGUUAGAGACCCAACUACAGGCAUUGUAGUAAAUGGCCAGAUCAUUGGAGAUAAGAAAGUCAUUCCAGGGAGCAAGAUGCACACCUAUUUUGGGAGCUUUGGGAUUGUUCACGAGAAGUUUGGUAUCAGAUUGAUGGUGAGCACUAAGGAGAUCUUAGUGUCUGAAAGAGGAAAACAGGCAAAAUUCUCAUGGACUAACAAGACUUUAGAAGGACAGCACAUGGAUCUGCAGGUGAUCAAAGAUCGCAGUUUAACAGUGACCCUAAGGAACUCAGUCAAGUUUCUCAUUAUCCUGCACAAAAUAUGGGAGAUGCACCCGUAUCAUCAAGACUACCUCGGGUUCUACACCUUGGACAGUCACCUCUUUUCAAGCAGCGUCCACGGCCUGCUUGGUCAGUUCUACCAUGGCGUGAACUUUGAGGUCAGUGACUUGUUUCCAGGAAAGGACCCUGAUAAACAAGAUGCCAACAUGUUUGUGAAAGGAAACAAGCUCACUGUUACCAGGGGCUGGAAGAGAGAUUUCAGACAGGACGUGAAGAAUGGAGAAAAUGUGCCCUGCUGGUUCAUUCACAAUAAUGGCACCGGGCUCCUCGAUGGAGUUCACACAGACUACAUUGUCUCUGGUCUCUUCAAAACAAAAUAGACAACAUCUGUCACUGUACCCACAUUUGCACUGCACAAAAAGUACAUGUUAGCUUUCAUGUAGUCUGAAGUAUAUAAGAUGUGAUGGGUUUAUUUGGUUAUAAUGCAAAAUCUUAUAAAGCUGGUUUAAAGAGCUGUUCAUUGUUUUUUUAUACAUACAUACAUAUAUAUAUAUAUAUAUAUAU